AUGGCAACACAGUUUGAGGUCGAAAUCUUCGUAGAUCGGGAGUCGCGAUCUGUUUGGAAUUGGCAAAAACACGGUUGGGACGUGCCCGAAAAGUAUAGAGUCAUCGAGAUCUGGAAUGGUCUUAUCCUUCCCUCCAAGAAGAAUGUGAUUGAAAGCCUUUUGAACCUCCUGCAAUCUUCGGUAUUCCGAGAAGAGAAUCGAAGAUGGGAUUCGAUUCGCAUAGCAGGGAAUGGGCGAUCUUCGUCGCCUGAAUUCUUGUCUAUUCUUCAAGCGACUUUCGGCAAAUCUGAAUGGCUGUGGAUUACCAAGGACAUGGACGAUGUAGCAUUCUGUUGCCUCAAUUCUGGAUUACUGUUGCCAGGUGGGAUCCAAAGGCUGAAUCUUCAGGAAAGUGCAGGUCGUCCAAUGACGCGACGAAAGUUAUCAAUUUUGUCUCAAGGCUUGGCGGCAGCCAAGUGUUUGAAAACUCUAGUGCUUUCCAUUGACUUUAUUGGAGCUGGUGUUGGGGAGCACAUCAUACCCGGAAUACAAGCCAAUGCGUCCUUGAAAUGUAUCAUUGCCAAGGGGUUUUCACAUGAGAUCUUGUCGUCGCUGAUAACUGCGCUUCCUGGUCAUCCUACUAUGAAAAGCCUGCGGCUAGCUUGUGGAAAUGACCUCGUAUUUGAUGACAAAAUCGGAGAGCCUCUGCGAGCUUGGCUAUCUAGGGAUGAUUGCAAACUGGAAUACCUUGAGUUCUUUCGAGAGGAAUGCAGUUCAUCGGAUGCACAAAGCUUUACCCUCAACCUUGAUCUGCCGAAUAUUUCGUUGGAAGGUCUGAAACUGCGUGGAGUCAAUGUAGACAGCUCUGCUCUGAAUUCAAUACUGCCAAAGCUUAAGAGUCUUGGUUGUUUGGAACUCGACCACAAUAGGAUUACCGACUUGCAACCUUUUGACUGCUUGCUCCUUGGAGAGUCAUGCUGUCUCGAGCAUUUGGAUCUCAAGGACAAUCCGAUCAGCGUCGCCAGCGCACUAGCCUUUGCUAAGAAACUGCCGCAUAUGAGAGUAUUGAGAAAACUGAAGCUGGGAAACAAUCCAUUUCUAGACAAUAAGGAUGCACUGGAAGAAUUUUUGGAAUUCGUGAACAAGAACACAAGCUUGGAGCAGCUUGAAAUAAGCAUGCCAGGGGAGGAACCGCACGCUCUGAGACCAAGGCUGAUGCCUGGACCCUGUCUAAAUCGAGCUUGCCGACGAUACCUUGGAAACAACCCAGGUAGUUUGCCGCUACAUCUUAUACCUUACGUGAUUAUAAGAGCAAGGAAAAUCAGAUACUACGACCCAUUUGAAGAUGCAAGGACUAUUCCUUUAAAGGAAUUGUUUGAGGGGCAUGCCACCUUCUGGCUGUUGCGCGAAAAUGACGCUUUACUGUCACAUUUGUCAUAG